UUUGAGUAAACUUCAUCAUCUGACAGCAAGAGGGGAAGGAAACCUCUUGAGCUGCUGCGGCUUCGGUUGUAAACAGAAACAGCCCAUUACCUUGUCGUCAACAAUGGGGAAAAGAAGAAGACAGUUGACAGAUUGUUAUCCUGUUGUUAAACAGAAGAAAUACGACCCUGUUGUGAAACAGAAGAAAGAAGACAGCAUUAGAAAAAACAAGGAGACUAAUAAAAAGACAGAAGGCAGAACAGCCAGGCGAAUUGAAGAUAAACAUGAGGAUGUCCCCAAAUCAGGAGAGCGACCCUUGGACACACUCAUUCAGUUUGACCUGGACUGGCAUUUUGGUCCCUGCACAGGAAUAACCAGAUUGGAACGAUGGCAAAGAGCACAAAGUUUGGGGCUUUCACCCCCCCAAAUCGUUAGUGACCUACUCCUGAAAUACAGUGUUGAACCUGUUUAUCAGUACAGAGAAAAUCGACACAGACACCACUUUACAACUUUUUUUUUUUUUUUUACUAAUGCUAUAGCCUUUGGCAUGACUACUCACUGUAAAGAAAAGCAGGGCAUCUCCCCUAGGAUUGGAUGACUCCGUAAAUUCAAGAGGGUACAUCUUGUUUUAUCUUGAAAUAGACAUAAGAGCGCAAUGGAUUUGGAGUGUGGCACAUCUGAAACCGGAUUUGACGUGGUACUGAGAAAUGGCACUUUAUUGGCCAUCAUGGUUGGCAGUCAGUUUUACCUUUGGACAGUUCUCUUCCAUGAUGUUUAUUAGCAUUAUCCUAAGUUUUUUGUUUUUCACACCUUCAAUGGAGCCAGCAAGGAAUUAUGUGAUUUAUUUAAGAUUUGGGGCACUUUUUUUGUUUUGUUUUUUAAUAAAAACAGAAAAUGAAA